UUAAAAAUUUUGGAAAUCAUUAUGUUCUAUCAAAGUAAUGCAGAUCACAAACACUUAAAAGUAUGAGAAAUAAUAUGUUAAUAUUAAGCGAAAUUGAGUCAAUGCUAGUAAGCAUCUAAGGGAAGAUGAUAUCAAAGUUCCUCCACAUUACCAAAAGUUUAUGAGAAAAGCGAGAAAUUUGGAGUUCUCAAGAGCCAAAUUUAUGGAAUUAAGAGCCAGAACUCUAGGAGAUGAAGGCACUCAACCUAUGAAGAAGAUGAUGAGAAGAAACCAGCAUCGGGUUUAAGACACUCAAGAGAAUAGACAUUAACAAAGUGAAAGAUUCAAAAUUCUCAACUUGCUUGAAACAGUCGCAUCUAAAAGAUUUGAAAAUCAAAAAGAUUACCAAUUUUGUAAAACCUCCGAAUUCUGAUUCAGACACAGAAAGAGAGAAUGACCAAAUCAAUAAGACUCUGAUGCUUCCCAGGCCUGCUUUGAAUCUCUCUCACCACAACAUACAACAGACUGAGGAGAAAGAGAAAUUCUAUAAGUUGCUUAGCUAUCUAAAGGACAAAAAUAAGAAAUUCAAAACAAGGUCCAUCUCGUCCUUUGCCAGGAAGAACACUGAGUGUCUUCCUAGUGAGAAUAAACUAGAAAUUCAGACAGGAGUUCCUACUUUGGCAUCCAGAUACCUUCAAGCAAAUAAAAAUCAGAUUUCUCCUCUUGCGAUUGAUAAUCAGAGAAAGAGAGUCAUUAACAAUAGUUAUAUGAAUAAAACCCAGGACUACUCGACUAGAAGGUUGAAUAUUUCUGAAAAUAGGCCUCUUACCAAAGCAAACCUUGAGAAUGGACAAUCAGGAAAAUUCCAGGAUUUUCCUCCAAUUAAUAUUCAUAUUGGUCAAGAGAGUUCACAGAAGAAGUCAUUUUCAAGGAAUUAUAAUUCAAGUGUUGAGUCAAAAAGAGUUCCAAAUUUUGAUAGAAGUAAUUUUGGAAUACAGAAAGCGUACCCAUCGAGAAAAGAAUUUAAGAAAAUCUGUAAUUUUCUCUCAGAUGAAGACCGCCAUGAUCUCCUUUCUAUCCACGUAAACACUGAAUGUGCUAGACAGCCGAGUAUUACUGCCUCAGAGGAGGAACUUGAUAUUGCUAUAAAAAAUAUCACAAAAAUUGAUAAGAAAAACGUAGUAAUUGGAGACAAUGGUUUGAUAAAUCUGUAUCAAUAUUCUCAAGAGAAAAUCCGAGAGAAGCUUGAGAAGAAACUACAGGUUGUGACCAACCUUAAUUGUGCUAAUAAAGCAGUGAAGCUAUCCAAAGGUCAACAGCGCUUUCUUUUUGAAUGAAAAGAGAUCCUAAAAACAGCAAUUAAGACAUCUAAUUUCAAUAUUUUCAAAGUGAUUAAGUUGACUAUUUCCGGAGAUCUCUUUCUUGGAGAGACUGCUGAGGGGCAAGCUCAAGGCUAUGGAGUCAUCCUUACCAAUAAAAACUCUCUCAUUGAAGGUAACUUCAAAGAUGGGAUCAUUGAAGAAGGAAAAGUCAAGAUUCUUUAUCCUGAUGGCGAGAUGUAUGUUGGCCUUGCUAAAACAGGCGGCUGAAGACAUGGAGAAGGAAUUCAUUAUUACUCUAACGGUGAUAUCUAUGAUGGUGAAUUCCUUGACAACCAAAGAGUAGGAAAAUCUAGACUCAGAUUCCACGACGGCAGUGAAUAUAUCGGUCAGUUCAUUGAAGAUACUGCUGAUGGUCAUGGCCUUUUUGCUGACAAAGAAGGUAACAGAUAUAUGAGUCUUGUCGAAGAGCAAAAUAACAAUGAGGACUCUCAUCAUCAUGACAAAUCUUUCAUGAAUGGGUACUUUCUCAAAGGAAAACUUUAUGGAAAAGGAGAGAUAAAAUAUAAAAAUGGUGACUGAUAUGUAGGCAUCCUUAAAGGAACCAAAAGGCAUGGUAAAGGGACCAUGGCAUUUGUCACUAACAAAUCUGGAACAGAUAGGAACGAUAUUGGAGAAUACGAAGGAAAAUGGGUCAGAGAUAGAAGAGAUGGCACUGGAAAGAUGAUAUACGCUAACGGAGAGAUUUUUCAAGGCAUUUGGAAAAAUGAUAGAAGAUAUAAAGGAGAACUCUCUCUGUCAAACGGACAAAGAUACGAAGGGAGGUUCCUAAACAACCAAUACCAUGGCAGAGGUACCCUUACACUGACUAAUGGGACUACUCUGACAGGAAAUUUUGAGUAUGGAGUCUUACUAUCCCCAGCAACUAUCCAAUUCACUAAUGGAAGAGUCUAUGCUGGUGAAAUAAAUGGAUAUGAAAUUGGAAGAAGAGGAAAACUAGUCUAUGCAAAUGGGGAUACUUAUGAAGGAACCUUUGAAGAUAGAAGAAGAGAAGGUGACGGAGUAUUACUCAUGCCUGACGGUAGCAAAUAUGAAGGAAGAUGGAAGAAUGAUAAAUAAAGACGGGUUUGGCAAAGAAUACAAUGCAUCACUAAAUGAAUACUAUGAAGGAAGAUUUGACAAUAACAGAAAAGAAGGCAAAGCCAAGUUUAUUAACAGAAAAGGAGAAGUGUUUUAUAGUGAGUUUAAGAACAAUAAGAAGCCAUCAAAAGACAAACCAAAUGAAAAGAUUACCAAAAAGGAGUAUGCAAAGUUUAUCAAAGAGUUCAUGAAAUCUAAAGAGAUCUCUCAACCGAUUGUAAGAAUUCUUGCUUAA